AUGCUGGACCUAAUUCGCCCACAGCUGCAAGUCACACCCACCGUCUCCUCGGGAGAUCGCCGCCCGUUUGUGAUGGAGACGGUGAAAGCAGACGACAAGGCAACCAUGGGCACAGAGAGGAUAAACCCUGCUCCCAGACUCGUGGGCCACAUCAUCGCGUUUCUGCUUGACCUGGUGGGCCCCAAGGGUCUAGAGUUCGCGCGCUACUCGCUCGACUACCACACCAUACGCAACUAUUUGCAUGUUCACCGUGUCUGGGGAAAGGAGAGGGCGGAGCAACACAUCCCCAAGUAUGCUAAAGAGGUGGUCGCACGGUAUAAUAAGGACGGAGCUAUUGAUAAGCUGCUCGUUUGCAUCACAAUGGCGGCGGCAUCAGCAGCAUUGCAGGCUUCUGCUGCAGGUUCCACCUCCUUGCUGCGCAAAUCAGCAUCCACGUCAGCCGUUGGAAUUUUUUCGUCUCACAGCUCAUUCGUCCCUUCAAACCGCUCCCUGAUCCCAGCGACCGCGCGUUCUACCAGAUCCCGCAGCUCGCGAUCCGCCAAGCGUACCACAACCGUCCGAUCUGCGCUCGCGCAAGAGUUCACGGCCCUCGAUCGCGUCGACAUUCUGUCCGAAGCGCUUCCCUUCAUCCAACGGUUUCAACGCAAGACUGUCGUCGUGAAGUAUGGCGGCGCGGCGAUGAAGGACCCGACGCUUAAAGAGGGUGUGAUCAAAGACCUCGUGCUUCUAUCCUGCGUCGGCUUGCGCCCCGUGCUGGUUCAUGGGGGAGGACCGGAGAUUAACACGUGGCUGACGCGGAUAGGCAUUGAGCCGAAUUUUAAGAACGGUCUGCGUGUGACUGACGGGCCUACUAUGGAAGUGGUGGAAAUGGUGCUCGUAGGGAAGGUGAAUAAGUCGCUCGUGUCGCUUAUCAAUCGCGCCGGUGGCACCGCUGUGGGAAUGUGCGGGAAGGACGGUCGUAUGAUCACCGCGCGACAGGCUAGCGAAGAUCUGGGAUUCGUUGGCGACAUCGCGAAUGUCGAUACCUCUGUCGUCAAAGGGCUGGUUCGUGACGGAAUCAUCCCCGUUAUUGCAACGGUGGCGGCGGAUUCGGAGGGGCUGGCGUAUAACGUGAAUGCGGACACGGCGGCGGGGGAGAUUGCGGCGUCGCUGGGAGCGGAGAAGCUCAUUCUGAUGACGGACGUGCCGGGAGUGAUGAUCGACCCGAAGGAGUCUGACAGUCUCGUGAAAGAGGUGAACAUCAAGGGCAUUCGCAAGCUGAUAGCAGAUGGAAUCGUGAAGGGAGGCAUGAUUCCCAAGAACCUCCAUCUCCUUGGUCCGCACUCCGUUCCCGCAUCCCCCGCAAGAUCACUUUGCCGCCAUGGCUUCGGCCUUGAGAAUUCCACAGGGGACAAUCCCGCUCUCCUGUACACUUAA